AUUGACGCUGGCCCAGUGGGUCUGGUAGCAGCGCUGACGCUCCUCCAAAACGGUAUCUCAGUUUGCAUCAUCGAUAAUCUGGUAGCAACACCCUACCCUCGUGUCGGACAGUGUAGUGCUGGAACAUGGCCGCGCUCCCUCGAACUCUACAACUUCCUGGGCAUUUCGGAAGUCAACAGUCUAGGAACACCAGCCCCUGUCAUGCGUGGAUACAAGCCCGGGAUGUUGGAAGUUCUGAAAGACUCAUUGAUGGUCCCGCAUAUCGAACCUACUCCAGCAAUACCAUUCCUCCUAGAUGUCGUUCUGCGACGCCAUCUCGAAAAAUUCUCUUGUUCUAAUGGCAUAUCAGAAAUUUUUGAUACUGAGUCGAUCAUCGGCGCUGAUGGCAUCGUGCGCAAGCAACUUGGCCUCACAUUUUCGGGCGAGAUUAGAAAGGAUACUCGGAUUGUGACCGGAGACAUCAGCUUGACGCGUUGGCCUCGAUAGACUGGUAUGUCUUGUUUUCUACAUAUCUCAUGGAAAGCUAUCCUGAUGCAGCCUUGAAGCAUUGGCACCGAUUUGGAAACUUCCAUGAACCAGGCCUCUCAUUGCGUCCAACAGAUGAAGUUGGCAAUGACGGUUGACAAUUUUUCUUCUUUGGUCAUGAACUAGAUUUGGCAAAGAUUGCUGCGAGCAAAAAGCUCAUUUUCGAGACUAUUGCGUUGUUAAUACCAACGGAGAUUUCAUUCAACAA